AUGUUGACCCUUAUCUGGAGCCGCCCCAAAGAGCAGCCGAAUUUUGAAGAUGUCCGGUGUAAAUGUAUUUGUCCUCCUUAUAAAGAUAAUUCUGGACAUAUUUACAAUAAGAACAUAUCCCAGAAAGAUUGUGAUUGCCUUCAUGUGGUGGAGCCCAUGCCCGUGCGAGGGGCCGACGUGGAAGCGUACUGUCUGCGCUGUGAGUGCAGAUACGAGGAAAGGAGCUCCGUAACCAUCAAGGUUACCAUUAUCAUCUACCUCUCCAUUUUGGGGCUGCUGUUGCUGUACAUGGUGUACCUCACGCUGGUUGAGCCCAUACUGAAGAGACGCCUCUUUGGACACUCGCAGUUGAUACAGAGCGAUGACGACGUCGGGGAUCACCAGCCUUUUGCAAAUGCCCACGAUGUGCUGGCCCGCUCCCGCAGUCGAGCCAACGUGCUGAACAAGGUAGAAUAUGCCCAACAGCGCUGGAAGCUUCAGGUUCAAGAGCAGCGGAAAUCUGUCUUUGACCGACAUGUUGUCCUCAGCUAAUGGGGAUCAGAAAGAAACAAGACCAAGGAAGAUUCAAAACUGGAAGAAAACAUGUGCUUGGUACUCUUUUUUUGUUUUUUUAACGUAUUAAUAGAGACAUUGUUGAAAGCACACAUCUCAAAUGUCAGCCAGUAAACUUUUCCUGUUCGUGACUUUCACUAAUAUAAAUAAAUCUGCACUGUAAAUUAUUUUGAAGUCCUCUACCUGGAACAAGCACUCUCUUCUCACCAGUUGUCCUGGUCGUCAGGAUCAUUUUCGGAUUUUGUUGUUUGUUUUGCAGGGGGUGAGUGGAAGAUGUGUGGCAAAUGCUUAACCUUUCUCAAGACACUUGCUUCAAACAAACUUUGUAAAUAGAAUUUACACACUCCCCACUCCAUUCUCAAGUGGCUGGUUUGCAGUAGCCAGCCUCGUCGACCUCCCCAUUUGAAUUUUGCACUGACUAUACUAGCUAGGCAGUUGGUUGACCCAUGGCUGCACAUUGUGGUUCACGGGACCUGAAAUGCCUGAUGGAGUCACAAACGCAGGGUCUCUUCAUGCACUGUGAUGUCGGAUGCAGUGCAUCCAAGAGCGGCCUGGCCGUUGGCCGGUUUACUGUGGUGACUAAACACGUAGUCUGGUGUGUGGUCCUUCUCAUCCUCUCCAGGCUUCUUUAAGGACGUGGGUACUUGCAAUAAAGCAAGCCUCUCUGGGUUGAGGACAUCCAUUUCUCAGCAUUUCCGGUCCCCCGGGAGGCCGCUGUGUGAGCUCCAGUGAGUGCAGCUUUGGCCCAGGACUGAGGGGCUGGGGGCCUCUCUCGGAGAGGUGUGCCAGUCUGGGGUAACUGGCUUUUUCUUCCUACUCCUCUGGAAGGUAACAAUAAAAAUCCUUUCGAAACGCC